UUUUGCAGACCCAUCUUCUCUUGCACGAUGGCCCCAGGGCAGGUCCACAUGGCGGCUCCUGUUUGCCUAAUUGAGAACAUGCCGGACGGGAAGCUUGUGGUGAACCGGGAGGCUGCCGAGCUGCUUGCCGGGAUCUGCCAGCCAGUGGUGGUGGUGGCCAUUGUGGGGUUGUACCGCACCGGCAAGUCCUACCUCAUGAACAGGCUUGCCGGCAAGAGAAAAGGUUUCUGUCUGGGGACCACAGUGCAGGCGCUCACCAAAGGCAUCUGGAUGUGGUGUCUCCCGCAUCCCUAUAGGUCGGACCUCUCACUGGUGUUACUGGACACAGAAGGGUUGGGUGAUGUGCAGAAGGGAAACACACAGAACGACUCGUGGAUUUUUGCCCUGGCCAUUCUGCUCAGCAGCACCCUGGUGUACAACAGCAUAGGCAUCAUUGACCAAAAUGCCCUGGAGAACCUGCACUAUGUCACUGAGCUGACAAAAAAGAUUAAAGCAAAAGCUUCCUCCGGGGAAGAUACAGAGGAGGAGAACUCUGCCAAAUUUAUCCGUUUCUUCCCAGACUUCAUCUGGGCGUUGCGGGAUUUCACACUACAGCUGGAGAUAGAUGGACACCCCAUCACUGAGGACGGGUACCUGGAGGAAGCCCUGAGAUUGCAGGAAGGUGACACUCAGCAAAUCCAGAAGUUCAACAUGCCCAAGUCAUGUAUCCGCAAAUUCUUUCCGUCACGGAAAUGUUUCACGUUUGACCGUCCAGCUAACGGGAAAAAAUUGCAUAAGCUAGAGCAUCUGGAAGAAGAUGAUUUGGAGGAGGGUUUCUUGGAGCCGGUGGGUCGUUUCUGCCAACACAUCUGGGAGACAUCACGACUCAAGACAGUUCCAGGAGGCCAAGUUGUGACAGGGAGAAUGCUUGAGAAGUUAUUGAAGAUCUACGUCGAUGCUAUCAACAGCGGGGAUGUGCCAUGCUUGGAGAACGCAGUGCUGGCCCUGUCUGAGAUUGAGAACGCAGCUGCUGUGCACGAGGCCAUUUCCUGUUACGAAGAGCUGAUGGGGAAGCAGUUGGUGUUGCCCACAGACACUGUGGAUGAGCUGCUGGCUGUGCAUGCCGAGUGCGAGAAGGAAGCCAAUGCUGUCUUCAUGGCCCGUGCCUUUGGCAUCAUGCAGGUUAAAAAAUUCCAGGAGGAUCUUGAGCUUCAGCUGAAGCAGAAAAAGGAAGAAUUAUUCGAGAGAAACAAACAGGUGUCCUUUGACCGCUGCAAUGAUGUGCUGGUGGAGCUUUACCAGAAGCUGGAAGAUGGAGUCCACAUGGGAAUUUAUUCUGCUCCCGGUGGCUACCAGUGUUAUCUGAAGAAAUGGAACGAAAUGGUGGAGGAAUACUGUUCAGUACCCCAGAAAGGAAUUCAGGCAGACAAAGCUCUUGAAGAAUUCCAGAAAUCCAAGGAGACCGUGGCAAAAUCUCUCCUUCAAAUGGACCGCGCCUUGACUGCCCAAGAGAAGCAACUUGAAGCCCAGCGUGCUCAGGCCGAAGCAGCCCAGCUGCAGCUGAUGCUGUUGGAGCAAAAGCAGGCGCAGUUGGAGCAAAUGCUGGAGGAUGAGAAGCGAAGCCACCAUGAACAGCUCCAGCUGUUGUGGGAGAAGAUGGAGAAAGAGAAGAAGAUGUUUGAAGAGGAAAGAGAAAGGGCGAUACUGCUUAAACUCAAGGAACACAAGCUGCUGCUGAAAGAAGGAUUUCAGAGGAUGGCAAGGGAAAUGGAGCGUGAAAUCCAGCAUCUCAAGGAAGAAAAGAACAGCUUUCCCUGGGAACAGGCGUUGUCUAUAGUGAGAGAUUUGAUCCCAGUUGUGUUAUCUUUGAAGAUGCACAGUGGGAGCACGCCAAAGAGAUCGAAGAAAUAG